UCCGGCCGCUGUCGUUGGCAGUUUGCAGUUGCCAUGGUGCGGGGCUUCGUGCUGCUGGCGCUGGGGCGCGCGCGGAGCCGAGUCCUGUACUCGCGGCUGUUCGCGCCCGAGGGGCAGCGCGAGCCCGAACCCCAACCCCAGCGCGAGCCCCAACCGCCGGCCGAACCCGAACCCCAGCCCGAGGAGCGGCCGCCCUCAGCCGAGCCCGACCAGGCCGGCCCUGCCCUCGGCCCUCAGCGCUGCCGGCUGUGGGGAAAGGAGCAGCUGACGGCCGUGGCCAGGCAAGUGUCUUCCUCCUGUAUUUUGGCUCGACAAGCAGCAGAUAAGCCACUCUUUGACUCUGGGGCAGCGGUAGGCGAGGAAUCCGUUCGGUCUCAGGAGCCGGAUUUGGGCGUGUUCCGGCUCUCUGCCGGCGAGAUUUUCGGCGAAGAAACGGUAGUUGUAUGGCUGGGUGUCCUUUCUGUGGGCUUUGCCCUGGUCUGUGACCCUCACGAGAACCUGGCGCUGGCAGAAAACACCCUCCGACUGCUGGUGAAGUACCUCAAGGAGCAUCUGAAGCUGCUCGUCCAAAGCAAUGACAUUGUGCUCAAGACCGAUAGAAUUGAGGCCAUCCUGAACACGUUCUUGCCACAUGGCCAGCUGAUGUUUGUUAACUGCUGUUUCAUUCAGAGUCUGGAGAAAGAACUCAACGCUUCCAUGUGCAAGUAAGACCAAAGCAGUAACUGCUGAAGAUGCUCAUCGGUUUCAGAGA